ACCUGGCAACUCUGGGUGUCGGCCAUCUUUGUUUUUAUUUGCUUGUUUUCGUUCCCUUCGCCGUGUUUCUCACGUAUUUUGCAUUUAUCGCGUUUAUUGUGGUUUUGCGUUGCCGUUUGGCAAAUACAAGGUGUGUGUGAUGGUACAUAGUUGGCUGUCCCAUUGGCGGCAGUAACAAAGAGCGGCCAUACUAACCGGAAGAGUAUGCCAUAUUACGUGAGCGACGUCAACCCUGACUACACUGCUGCCCUUGGUCUUUUCCAACAUCUCAACAACGACGAGUUACAGAAAUUGCUCAACGAUGAUGGGCGGGUUGAGAGUAUGGUCAAGGACUUGCAGCAGGUGAAGAAUGCAGAGAACGAACGAGAGAUGCUUCUGGCCAGCAACAAAAGUCUGGCAGACUUUAACCUCUCGAGGGAACCCAAGCUACGACAGUGCAGGCAGCGACUACAGGAGUUGUAUUCAACAGCCCAAGAGUUGAAGCAGGAGGCAGAACAAAAUAAGAAGAAACUUGAUGCACUGGGCGGGCAGGCAUCUUUGGAAACUACGUUGGCCUUGCUGCAAACAGCUGCAGCACAAGCUGAGGAGGAAUCAGAGCAAAUUGCAAAGAAGUUCCUGGACAAUGAGAGCUCAGUAGAGUCGUUCCUCGAGGAGUUUACGGUGUCUCGGAAGUUGGCUCACCUUCGCAGGGUCAAGGUGGAGAAGAUGACCGAGCUCCUUGUCAGGGGGAACAGGGGGGUGCCUUACGGAGCCGCGGCCAGGGGUAUCAUAGCGGGCCCUCCUCCACUUCCUAGUCGCCCUGCUCCUCCAGCCCCGUCUGCCAUUAUAGCACCAGCCCCUUACCCUCCUUACCUCAACCCUGCCCCAUAUCCCCACCCGCACUCGCAGUUUCCAAUGCCUCUUCCGCACAUGUAACCCGAGUGGAAUCAUAGGCGAUGUGCAGAAUGUUAUGCAUGAUGAUGUUCUAUUCAUCUAUGUUCCUGUUCUUUUUUUUUUUUUUUGUCAAAGUCAAAAGUGCCUAGGAUUCAUCUCUAUAGCUGUAUCUCUCUAUAUAUAUGUAUGUCUCCUGUGCCAUCGUAGAUGAUCUUACCUGGCAUUGCUAAACUUGUGAGCCCGCGUUCUCUUAGUUCUGCCAAACUAUUGUGUCUGUGACAUUUUGUAUAUUAGUUAAAUUUUAAUUAUAUCUAUCGAAGGAACUUGUGGUCCAUAUUUUUGGGUAGUAGUGAUGACGAAUCUGCAGUGCAGACUAACCAUUGCUUAGGGUUACCACCUUUCUUUAUGAAAACUGCCGGUUGAGUGAAUGAGGCCAGGAGGGAGAAGAGGAUGAGCAGAGGACUUGGUGAGGGAAAUGGACAAUAUGAGAGGGUGAAAGAGAAGCACAUCCUCAGCAGUGUCCAGCAGAAAAGCAUACUGUCUGUUCUGUUUGGACUGUUCGUGUGACGAUAUACAGAUAACGUGAGACUUGAAAACAGGAAGUUCUGCCACCACCGUGGCAGGGUUGACCCAUUCGAAAUUCCUCCAAGGGUCUCAUAGAAUUUGUUGAAAUUUCUCCAUGAAAUGCCUUUUCUGGUAAAGUACCAGCAAAACGCUGCUGUAUUGCUGUUCAACCGGCAUAUGGCACGAGCAAAAAAUAUCCUGCCGUGUGGUAAGCCUGUGUGCUGUAUCUGCUUUCGUUGCAAGUGGAGAUUUCAUUACCACGCUACUGAGAGUAAUGAGGGGUGAGACGUGUUUUGCUCCUGUACCCAUGUGCAUUUUGGGUGCUUUGCUGAGUACCUUAUGCCCACAUGCACUGGAUCACGAGGGAGCCAUCAAAUGUUUGCGUAAAAUGUGGAUGCAGUCUUAGAUUCUGACAUUGCAUUGGAACUUGCCCUGUCGUUACUCUUUUGCUGGCUCUGAUCUGCUGCUACUUUUAUUUCAAGCACAGUUUGAAAUUAAACUAUGUUUGUACAAAGAACAUA